AUGCCAAGAAGAAGUGGAGGAGGAAUGAGAUCAGGAGGAUUUUCAAGAACUUCAGGACCUUCAAGGUCUGCAAGGCCUGCACCGUCACCCCAGCAAAGUGCCCCUCAAGCUCAGCAAAGACCGGGAAUAAUGUCAGGCCUCGGUGGAGUCGUCAUGCAAGGGAUGGCUUUUGGAGCAGGAAGUGAAAUCGCUCAUACAGCAGUCAGAGGAAUGAUGGGAGGAAGCGGCUCAGAAGCUCACGAACAGCAAGCACAGCCUCAGCAGCAACAAGUUCAAGACAUGUGCAGCCAACAGAACCAAGACUUUUUGAACUGCUUGCAGUACAACAACAAUAAUAUUGGAGCUUGCCAAAACUAUCUCGAUCUAUUCAAGCAAUGCAAGGGCCAAUACUAA